AUGGGUGUCCUCGCGCUGGUGAACCACUUCGGCACCUUUUUGCUGUUUUUGGCAAUGGUGCUCCUCAUCGUGUCGUCCAUCACGGCACCCACCGUCAACUCCCUCUCACUCUUCUCAGUCAACCUGGGCAGUGACUCGGGUGACAUAUCGUUCGGCACAUUUGGAUACUGCGUCCAUGACGUUCGCGGCCGCGGCUGCUCCCGCACCAGCAUCGGCUACUCGCCGACCUCGAUCCUGAGGGAGGUCGACGGCACCGACUUUUCUGACUGGACCGAGAGCACCUCGAAGGCGCUGACCAACGUCAUGAUCCUGCACCCCAUCGGCGCGGGCAUCGCCUUUGUCGGCUUCGCCCUGUCCCUGGGCUCGAGCUUCUUCGGCUCCUUCCUGUCGUCUCUCCUUCAAGUAAAGGCGAAGAUGACCACCUCAUCGGCGUGA